AUGAAAGGGGCGCAUGUUUACGUGCGGUCGAAGGAGAAGGGCUGGCAGCUGGGGGUGGUGCAUCAGGUUUCGAGGGCGCGGGCGAAGGACCUCCCGUGCAACGUCCAUUUCGUCGACCUCGAGCGGCGUUUCAACGUGUCGCCGUCGCCGGCGAAAUAUUGUACGGCGAUGGAUGGUCCGCCUGGCCCAUUGUGCUUUCUGGUGCACAUGCGGUCCGGGAGCGUCCAACGGAACGGGACCUGAGGGGUGCGCUGUGGUGGUG